CCACCGUGCCGGCGUCUCUUCCACAAGUUCGGUUGAACUACCGCAGGCAAACUCUGCCGGAGAAUGUCUACGGCCCACGAAUGGAGCUCGUCUCUGCACAAUCACCCGAUCUUCACGCCGUCUAAGCGCGCUUCAGCUUCUGGAACUCGCGACCAGGAACCUCUGGAGCUCUCCACGCGCACCCUGACCAGCUUCACCGGAGCAAGCGACGAUGACGAUGAGUCUACGCCCAUUGGAAGGAGACAAGUCAUGCUUAUCCGCGACAACGACCUGAUUGUCGCGUCCGGGAGCGAGCUCCGCAUUACUUCGCUCGGAGACUUGAAACUUGAGCAAGGCACGAGCAAAGGUUACAAGACGUUACACGCGCCAAACAUCGAGUUUGAAAUCCAACAGCUAUCGCUGAACCCCAAUGGCAAAUUGCUGGCCGUAGCCGGUGCCCGUCAGGUCGCCGUGGUCGUACUGCCGAGAGCGGGGUAUGGCAGGCUCGUGCCUACCGCUCUGGACUGCAAGUCCAUACAAAUUGGGACGUUCUACCAUGCUACAAGAGGAGCCCCACCGAUCGCCAAGGUUGACUGGCAUCCAUGGGGAGAAGCAGGUUCGGUCCUGAUGGUGAUGACGACUGACGGGAAACUUCGGGAGUACGAUAUCUCCCUCGAUCCCGAGGAACCGCAACAGGUACUGUCCUUCGUUCCUGAGAAGAUAGGUGGACGAUAUCUUGCGCAAGAUCCCUCCGAGCGCGAAGUCGCGUCCUUUACUCUCGGCAGAGGUAGAGCAGACUGGGGACCCCUGACGGUGUAUGCUUUGAUGAAGAGCGGAGACGUCUACGCCAUCUGUCCCUAUAUGCCUAAAAACGCCUCUGUCCCGUCGUCGUACGUGCACGCUCUAGAAUGCUUUGUUGCCGCCAAGCAAGAGUUCUUGAACGAAGCACAGGACCUCGCCGCAUCGACGGCAGAGCGACAACGGGAACGGUUCUCUACCGUUUACGACUAUCAGUCAAAAUACGUGUCAUCGCUGUUGAAGCAGCUACCGCCUGGGACGGCUUUCCCUGCACCGUCCAGAUCCGUUCUCAUGCACCCUCCUUCCUCCUUGAAAAAUCCUCCACUCCGACAAGGACCGUUUCUUCUGCAACCUGCGCCUCGAACGCUCGACGGUAGCGAAGGUGGAGAUGCGACCGACAUAUUGUAUGCGUCUUUCGGGGAUUUGGAUGACGACGAGGCCACCACGGGUGACACCGAUCAGAUUGGCGUCGUCUUGAUUGCCUAUCAAGACGGCAAGGUGGAUGUGUGUUUAGACGUUGAAAAGGUGGAAGCGAAGUGGCAGAACAAACAGUCCAAGCGGCCUGAACUGCCUAUGCUCGCUGUUUACGAAUCUAUAGACCUCGGGACGGUGAAAACGCUUUCGGCGACGGAGCCCUCAGCCUUGGAUCUGGUUUCAGGCAAUCACCCUGUCCUAUACCCCGAUCCGAUGCACGAGGACACUAUUUACGUUUACCACGCAUUUGGCGUACACUCACUAGAUCUCGGACCUGUCUUGACCAGUUUGGAAGCCGCUGUUCGGGACGACGGAUCCGACACGGGGAACGCUUUGGAGUGCUCGCGGGGCACUGACGUUCGGCCCGUUGUGAGCACCUUCUCAGUGGAGCGCAAGUCGUCGAACCCGGUGACGGCGGUGGCUAUCCCGAACGACGUCUACAUGACAUACAGCAUCUUCGUCCUAACUUCAGCUGGACGAGUAGUAUCGUUCCCGCUCACCGUGCGGUCGGAUCACCCGACUCCUUCGUCAGCCACGGAAACGACAGCUCAAGACACGAAUAUCGACGAUCCAUUACCCGAACCCAAUGGUCCGCCCGCUUAUGUCUCGCUGUUGAGCAAGGAGCCCUUCUCCGAGCCGCCUAUACUAUCACGGUCCGUAUCUGGCCUUCCCUCCAACCCCCGACUGGCCUUGCCCAAGGGGAGUCAAGACGAGUUCGUCCUCACGCCCGACACCCUGCGGUUCCUUGGCAGCACCGUGGAACAAUUCCGGAGCCAGAUCCGCGAUGUACAGCUCGCGCACCAGGCAGCUGAAGGCCGCGUCGGACUGCAACAGCAGGAGUUCGCGCGGCAGCAGGCAACGUGCGGGACGAUGCUGGAGCUCGUAGAACAGCUCAAGGGCCCUCGGCAGUUGGCCGCGAGGGAGAAGCUGGCGAGGCUUCAGGACUCACAGCUGGGUCUGAUUUCGCGCUCGGACCGCGUGCUGCAGGCGAUGAUGCAGAAGGUCUCUCCAGAACUGAGCGAGCACGAGAUGAAGUGGUUUAAGGAGCUCAGUCGGAUGAAGGAGGAGGUGAAAGGCGCCGGGCGCUUCGACCAAAGCUCUUUGGCCGCCCGCAUAAAACUCCUCGAGCGGGAAUUUACACGCCUAGGUCCGAGCUUGAAGGAGAUGCACCAAAAGGAGGUGGAACGAAAGAAGCUAAGCCGUGCCGACGAGCUGGGAACCACCCAGGCUUUCGAGCUGGGAGAGCGAUCGAACGCCGACCGUACAAGGAUAGAGUCAUUACAACGUCAAAUCACUGACUUGGCGUCACGGUUGGAUGUCAGCCUUCAACGACCGCAACCGUUAUGUUGACGCACUUCGUAACUCUUUCCUCACAUGUUGACUGCGCAAUAAAUUACUUGUCGCAAAUGGCGUUCGAACUUCGAACUUCGAACUUCGAUGGAAAGGACCAUGCGGUCUAGUGGAACGAUGUAUAGUAUGUAGUAGUCUUCUGCCGAACUUCCGCGGUCAAUAUGG